GAAAACAAAACUCACGAGCAAGCAAAGUUUUUUAUCCUUUUGCACCUAAACAGAGCGAGAUUCAUUACCACAGAGCAAAUUUAGUCAGCAGCAUCUCAUCGUCCCAGCGCGUAUAUUAAUCAUGUCAGACGUCAUUGUGCCGUCCUUCUUCCCGACGCCGACCGAGAUCGCCGGUGGCAUCCGCUGGGUCAAGCAUCAUCCCGUCGUGGCCACAGCCGCAGCCGCAGCAGCCGCAGCCGUGAGUGUGAUCACGUACUUGAAAGCAGUCGCUGCCGACGACGAGCGGGACCUAAAAUUAGCAGUCCUGAGCCCACACAAGGGCGACGAGUCCGACGACCUUUGCAGCAGUACAGAGAGCGACGCGUCCACUCCGUCAAGAGGCCGCACAUUGAGUCCGCGUGAUCUCAGUUUCGGAGACUUAGAUGCCGAAGUGGAGAACGAGGUGGAAAUUGACACAGCAGUGGAGAAUAGUGAGCUAGAUGCAGCUUUACAGGAGGCGGAUGGAGAGACCGUGUCGCCACAGUGGGGAUGGUAUGUCUCCACGACGCCACCAGAAGACUAUUACCAGUGACCAAAUAUUACUCCAUCAUCAAGUGCCGUUUAAUUUUGAAACCAAGACAGCGUUGCGACGGACUCCCCUCUCUACGGCAAAUCCAAGAACUGCUAUACUCUUAGACAGCUACUGCGUUUGCCAGACCGAGAAGGAAUUUCUCUCUUCUCGGGGCGCGUGGCUGACGCUUUUCAACCAAAGCCACGCGAAAUCCUGUUUUGUGUCCUAAAUAUAUGGAGACUUCGCA